UCCGUGGCCGAGAGGCCUCCCGCCUCUCUUUGCCACCGAGAUGAGGUACAACGAAAAGGAACUCCAGGCGCUGUCUCGGCAGCCUGCGGAGAAGGCGGCGGAGAUCGGGAUGCGGGUUCCCAAGAAGGGCAGCGUGGUGAAACGGAGGCUUGUGAAGCUGGUGGUGAAUUUCCUCUUUUAUUUCCGGACAGAUGAAGCAGAGAUGUUGCACCUGGAGCAACCCCCUAGGCAGCACUGUAUGAUAGAAAGAACUGUGGACCUGGAAGAUGACCAAGAAGUUUUCUAUUUCAAAUCCCUAAUUUUACUGAUGAGCCAGCUGGAACCAGAGAGGGUCAGUGACCAACUCCCAGUCACUUGGACAAGAUCAGAGCCCAGCUGGAAUCUCUUUGAGUCCCAGACCCAGUAUUCUUCACUAUGCCUUCAGCCCAUUGGAGCCCUGCUUCUAGAACAUUGCCGGAUUGCCAAGGAAGAGCCAAGUGGCUUCUCUAUCAGUUUCACUGAGGAGCCUGACAGGAAGUACUACUUUGAGUGCAGUAGUGAAGAACAAUGUCAGGAAUGGAUUGAUGCCCUGAGGAGAGCCAGCUAUGAGUUCAUGCGGAGAAGCCUCAUCUUUUAUAGAAAUGAGAUCCAGAAGAUGACAGGAAAGGACCCCCUAGAGCAAUAUGGCAUCUCCGAAGAGGCCAGGUUCCAGCUGAACCCUCACUAGACAAGAGCAUCUCUCCUAAGAAAAGUCUGCCUUCCUCAGUCUCCUGCCUGCCAGUGCUCUCUUCAGUGAUUAUUGGGGGGUGGGGAGGGAAGGGGGAAAUGGAGAAGAAAGGUUUUAUAGGCCUUGGGCCUUCUACAGCAGAAACCUUUCAUGGGCGAUGUGGAUUGUCUCAACAAAGACUGCCCAGAAGGAAGGGGAUGAAAAAAAAGUUUUCCUUCUUGGAUUGAAAAAAAUAAGCAUGGACUUGAGUUUGGUGUUGACAAGCAUGGCCUUGUUUCCUCUGCAGAACAGUGUAAAGAUGGGGGGGCGGGGGGGGGGGGGUGUGCUAUCAUGACCUCCAUGCAACCAUGGAAGCUGUCCUUCCAUCCUUUCUGGGGUAAGCCUGGUACUUUCCUCUUAUCCCCUGGCCCUAGAGGCAGUGAGCCUUAGUUGUGUGGCCUCAGACAAGUCAUUUCCGGGACCUUGUUUUCCCUAUCAGUAAAAGGAUAAACUAGAUUUAGAUUGUCUCUCUCAAUCAAGUUCCAUGCCAGUUGGGACAGAGGAGUAAGAGGAAAAUGUAGGACAGGAGAUCUGGGGGCCACCCCUCCCUCAGAAACUGGUUUCUGGCAGGGCUUGGUCAAGCCUUCUCUAACUCAGCUGAGGUGGCUGAAUUCAUUUGACAGCCAGAAGCUUGGAAGAUGCCAGUUUGAGCAAAGUAAACAAGGCUUGUGUUGGCCGCCAUCUUCCUCAGGCCUCACAAGCUCUUAGGGUCACUAACCAAGAGCACAGGCUGAGAGAACGUGUUCAAGGGCUUUAGUGCCUUACCUGAAGAUGGCCUGGAGCCAGAGGAUGCCUUCUCUGCCCACAAGCUUUUGGCAACAGAUUGGACUUCUAUCUCCCCAACCACUUGAAUGUAUGAUUCUAGAUGAUGCUGUGAAUGGCCCUGGGGGGGAGGCCAAACCCCAUGUGACUGUUGAUUCUACUUUGGGGUACAAUCCAGCUGCAAUGAAGCUGUCCUUUCUUUUCUACUACCAUUUCACCAGAGAAGCAGUUGUCCAGGUACUGUCCUAGGUUGGGGCUUGUGGGUUUUAAAUAAAUGUGGCUUUUUCAAAA